AUGGAUCACAACAUGUCGACGCAGGAGCAGCAGCUCUGCCAGUUCUUGGCGGGGCUGCCCGCCCACUUCAACUAUCGAUACACCGAGGAGGCUUCGCGGGAGCUGCUGCGGAGCUUGUUCUGGUCUCUGGCGGGCGGCAGCAGCGAAUACAUGCGUCUUCUCUUUCCCGAGGGCAGGCCUGGGGAUACUCUCAAACUGAGUGACGCCCAGGGUGCUGUUGAGGGUGCCGAAUACACCGAGGCUGCGCGGGGGAAACGAUGCGGGCACAUCUUCAAGCCUGGUGAGGCGAACUACACAUGCCGAACCUGCGGCACCGACGAGACUUGCUGCCUGUGUGCACGCUGCUUCGAUUCGACCGAUCAUACCGGACACAUGGUUCGGAUACAGAUUUCUGUUGGAAACAGCGGUUGCUGCGAUUGCGGAGACGACGAGGCCUGGCGGAAUCCCAUGUUCUGCACCAUCCACUCCGACCUGCAGGCGGGCGCCGAUAAAGGGAAGGGAAAGGAGGCAGCUGGCCUGCCAGAGGAUCUCGUGGCGAACCUACAGAUGACCAUCGGCCGGGUCUUUGACUACAUCUGCGACGUCAUCUCUUGCUCACCGGAGCAGCUACGCCAAGCCAAGACUGAGGAGUCAAUACUCGAGGAUGAGCAGUCUUCACGCCUGUCCUCACACUACUAUGGCCCAGACGCCGAGCCGUGCAACGAGUUUGCGCUCAUCCUAUGGAAUGACGAGAAGCACACCGUUCAGGAGGUGCAGGACCAAGUCGCAAGGGCCUGCCGCAAGAGCCGGAGGGCUGCAGCCGAGAAUGCUUGGGAGACAGAUGCCAUAGGACGGAGCAUCUUGACAUAUUCAUCCGAGAUUGACCGACUCCUACACAUGGCGACUAUAAUGGAGGCGAUAAGAGUAACGGUCACCAUUCGAUCUGCAAGAGAUACCUUUCGAGAGCAGAUGUGUGGAACACUCGUGGAAUGGCUGAGCGACAUCUCAGGUUGCACUGUCGGCCAUGAUACUCACAUUCUUCGUCGCACCGUCUGUGAGGAAGUCAUGAAGCCAUGGCGUCAGGGCAGCGCGGCAACUCAUACUCUGGGCCUUAUCGACGAUGAGGAGGAGGAUGACCAGGCAGUUGCGAAUCGACGCCGGUUCGACGGCAUGAAUGCGCGUUUCAUCUUGGCCUUGCAAGCUGCUGCUGGAGGCAAUGGUCUUCAAAUAGAAAUUGACGACGACGAUGAUGAUGACGAUGACGAAGACGACGAUCUCGACGCCGACAUGGACGACCAAGGCCAUCAUUCCCCGUCCAGUUCCGUGGCUGGAGGUGACGAAGAUGAGGAUGACGAUGUGAUGAUGGUGGAUCGAGGGGAAGUUGGAGAUCUUGGAGUUAACUGGAGAGACAACGACCAAGCUCUGGAAGAAGACGAGGCCACCAUGGCUGGAUAUCCUCCCCCUCCUCCACCUCCCCCUGCUCAGGCCCAGGGUCAGACUCAGGGGCAGGCUCAAACCCAGACUCGUACUACAACGCGGGAUAGAGAAGCAACACCCUCCGACUCGGAUACGGCCGAGCCCCUCGUUGCACCCUCGAUCUACGCCAAAGCAAAUGUCGAAAUUCCAAAGACACCUGGCAAGACCGAGAAACUGACAGCUCGACCUGGACGCUACUGGAUCGAGACACCUACAAUUUACACACAGCGUGAGAAUGUACCCCCGGCCGAGGAUGUCUUUCGACGUGUCCGUCUCGAUUGGCUUCUAGUUUUCGAUCUGCGCAUGUGGAAGAAAGUUAGGAAUGAUCUUCGGGCCCUGUACAUAUCCACUGUUGUCCAGAUUCCCGAGUUCAAGCGAGUGCUGGCCCUCAGAUUCGCGAGCUUGUACACGAUUCUGGCUCAGCUCUACCUGGUUGGAGACCGAGAACCGGACCACUCCAUCAUCAACCUCUCUCUUCAGAUGCUCACGACUCCCUCAAUCACUGCCGAGGUUGUUGAACGCGGAAACUUUAUGACCAGCUUGCUGGCGAUUCUCUACACCUUCCUAACAACACGACAAGUCGGUCACCCCUGGGAUGUGUCCCCUGACGCCGUCCUCGCCUUCGAGAGUGGUUCUGUAACAAACAGGCGAAUGUACCAUUUCUAUCAGGACUUGAAGUACUUGUUUGGUGCGCCUCAUGUCCAAGAGCGAGUACGAUGCGAGCCCCGAUACCUCAUGCAGUUCCUUGAUCUUGUCAAGCUUCACCAGUGCAUUGGCCCCAAUGUUCGAGCGGUAGUCGAGCAUGUGGAAUACGAGGCUGAUUCAUGGAUCACUGCCUCUCUUGUGACGAGACAGAUCAACCUGCAGGCUCGAAACCUCGCUGAGGCAUUCCGCAACUGCCCAUCUGACGAGAUUAAUUACCUCCAACGAGCCAUCCGCUUCACAGCAAAGACGGUGAUCCUCAACUCGAUCGGCGCAGAACGCCACCGGUUCAAGCAGGGUGAAAUCAAGGAUGAGGUUCAGUUCAAGAAUCUCAGCGACUUUGAGUUCGAUACCGAGGCUGCUUCUUAUGAUGUGGUCAAGUUUGUCGUCGAGAAGGAUGCCAUCAGCUUCCAUCACGCCCUUCACUACACCCUGUCUUGGCUCAUUGAGUGCGGACGAUCGCUUCCUGCCUCUACGAUGAGAACUCUGAUGAGCUUCACGCAGCAAGAGCUCAAGUCCAAGCCCAAGUUGAUGGGUAGGCCUCAGGUGCCAAGAAAAGACUUCACCUCUGAGGACUAUCUCAUUGCAGCCUUCGAUUUCCCUCUCCGUGUAUGUGCCUGGCUUGCUCAGAUCAAGGCCAAUAUGUGGGUUAGAAACGGAAUCAGCCUACGGCACCAAGCAAGCACGUACCGCGGUGUUGGUCAACGAGAUGUUUCGCACCACCGAGACAUAUUCCUUCUGCAGACUGCCUUGGUGGUCUGCAGCCCCAGCCGUGUUCUUGCGUCAAUUAUCGACCGCUUCGGAAUGGAGAGUUGGGUCAAGGGCUUGUUUGAGCUAAAGUCGGAGGCUCAGGAUGACGCCCAGCACCUGGACGUGGUGGAAGACAUGAUCCACCUCCUGAUUGUCCUUCUCAGUGAUCGUACCUCGUUGAUAUCAUCCGAAGACGAGACCAAGUCCAGGCUUCUAGCCAUGCGCCGGGACAUCACUCACGUCCUGUGCUUUAAGCCCCUAUCAUUCAAUGAGAUCUGCAACAAGCUCCCCGAGAAGUACCAAGAGCAGGAAGAUUUCCACCGCGUCUUGGAUGAAAUGGCCACCUUUAAGCCACCCGAGGGUGUUUCUGAUGUUGGCACAUUUGAGUUGCGUCCCGAGUUCAUUGAGGAGAUCGAUCCUUACAUCGCGCAUUAUAACAAGAACCAGCGAGAGGAAUCCGAAAUGGCGUAUCGAAAGAAGAUGGCCAAGAGGACAGGAAAGACAGCCGAGGAGGUUGUGUAUGAGCCCAAGGCUCGAACAGUUCCUUCAGGCAUGUUCGAGAACCUGGGCGCCUUCACCAGCACAGGCAUGUUUGCCCAGGUCAUCUACUACUCGCUCCUCUACCCCCUAGUGGCCAACAAGUUUACCCCUUCGGUCCCAUUCACCCGGCUUGAGACUUUCCUACAGGUGGUUCUACAUCUCAUCCUAAUCGCCAUUCUGGAGGACAAGACGAGUGACGAUGACAUGAGCGAGGAGUCGACAAAGUCAUUUGUCUACAUUGCUCUUACCAAGUUUGGUCGCAGCAACUUUAUGCCCGAGGCACAUAGUUCCAGAACUAUCGUGUCCCUCUUGAAUAUGAUGUCUACCAAGGACGAGUUCAAGGCGGUCCAUCCCAAGAUUGCGCUCGUUCUCAAACGAUUGCGACAGAAGCGCCCUCGUACCUUCGACACAGCGUACGUAAACCUUGGGGUCUCAGUCGACCGUAUCAACACGGCCUCGCCAGCAAACACUUCUGCUGAGGAGGAGCGUGAGAGGCGAAAGAAGGCGGCGCUAAGUCGUCAGGCCAAGGUCAUGGCGCAGUUCCAGCAGCAACAGAAGAGCUUCAUGGAGAACCAGGCAGCAUUCGACUGGGGUUCUGACUUGGACGAAGACGAGGAGGAGGAAGAAGAGCAGACAGAAGAGCGGAAACACAACUGGAAAUACCCCGUUGGAACUUGCAUAUUGUGCCAGGAAGAGCCAGACGACCGCCACCUCUACGGAACGUUUGCCCUUUUCAACGAGAGCCGGAUCCUUCGGCAGACAGACUUCCAGGACCCCGACUUUGUCCGCGAAGCAUCACAAACGCCUUGCAGCCUUGACCGAUCCGCCGAGGAGGUUAGACCAUUCGGUAUUGCCCAUGAAAACAGGAGGAUGGUGGAGAAGAUCAAUGUCCAGGGCGAAACUUUCCUCGCGGAGCGACAAACCAUUGGUAAAGGAUUCCCGUCCAACGUCUGCCUUCCAGGGCCCGUGGCCAGUGGUUGUGGGCAUAUGAUGCACUACCGCUGCUUCGAGGUCUACUAUGAAGCAACAGUGAGGCGCCACGCGCAUCAGAUCGCCAGACAUCAUCCUGAGGACACCCGUCGAAAUGAGUUUGUGUGCCCUCUAUGCAAGGCGCUCGGAAACGCAUUCGUGCCCAUCAUCUGGAAGGGAAUAGACGAGUCGUAUCCAGGUUAUCUCCAGUCUCAGGGUCCCUUUGAGGACUUCCUGGAGAAGCAGAUGGGCUCCGCUUACUGGAUCGGCGGAAGCAAAGCGCGCGAGGAUGAGCCAUCGUUACCCGACAUGUACACUCCUAGUCUUCCUGGAAGCCUUGUUGAGUCUCUACUGCCAGCCCAGACUCAGGCCGAGACCUCAUGGGGAAGGGAGGACGCCGAGGCGCAGUCAUCAGCAGUGGGCACACCCGUCAGUUACGCAUUCUCUGACUUGAAUACGCCUGAGCAGAGCCAUGCUCAGCCAGCUGCUACAGAUGGCAGCCAGUUGAUGGUGGAGUUGCUAGCAGCAUAUCGUCGACUGCGAAACACUCUUCGCAUGAACGGCCUCCGCACCAGUCACAUCAUCGACUCCAAGGGCGACAACGCUGGCGAGCUCUGCGCCAGUGAUACGCUAGUCAAGGCCGUGGGCUUCACCAUCUCUUCUGUGGAAGUCCAGCAGCGAGGAGUGGAAGCCCAACCGGGCAUGAGCCUUUUGGAGAAGAUUCCUGAGCACAUUCUCACACACUUGCGAGUCUUGUCAGAGACGGUUUCGUCGUACAUUGCGGUCGGGGCACAGAAUAGCGGAGCCGAGAGCAAGAUCGACGCCGAGUUCAAGAAAGAUAGUGAGAGGCAACAUUGCCAGCUCUUCAUGUCGCGAUACUUUGGAACCGGCACGCCGUAUGCUCGACGGCCAUUGGAUGUAUAUCCGCCCCUGCUGAGCAUGGAUUCGUUCUUGUUCUUGGUUGAGUGUUCGUACGGGCUGGUGCCGGCACAGAAGGCGGAGAUCUCGCACGUUCUCCGAUUGUGCUACCUAGCGGAGCUUGUGAAGCUCGUGUAUCAUAUGGGCCGAAACAUUCCCGUUGCCAGCUGGGUUGGCAAUCUCACCAACAGACAAACUCAAGAUCCAGCCAUCAACAACUUUGCCGACUUUGCCCUCGCCGUAACUAAAUGUGGCCUCGAGUUCCACGCAGCACAGUUCCCGGAGGGCGUCGAGUUUGGCGAGAACCGAGGUUUCCAACAACCUGGCGUGGAUACACUGGAGAGUUGGUACACGUUUGCAAAGAAGUACGCACUUACGUUCCUGAGGAAGAGUCUCAUGUUCCUCUACGUCAAGUACGGGGUGGACUUCAACAGCCACAUCUCGCCAUCGCCGGAGGCAGAUGAACUAGAGCGCUUGACCGAGAGUCUCCGCGUGCCCAGCUUUGACGAGAUGUGUGCCGCCAUCACAGACAACGCGGCUGCUUGCGGCUGGCCCCAGACGACCUCAUCUCUUGUGUCGGGAUGGGUCAAGCACCAGGUCAUGUGGCCAGGCGAUAGUAGUGACAUGCCUCGGUCAGCCAUGAUGAGCCAUCCUGGUAUCUUUGAGCUUAUUGGCCUACCCAAGAACUACGACGCCCUCAUUGACGAGGCGACGAGGCGGAAGUGCCCGACCACGGGCAAGGAACUCGCGGAUCCCGUCAUCUGUCUCUUCUGCGGCGAGCUCUCGUGCAGCCAAGGCACAUGCUGCCAAAAGACAGACACCUCUUCUGACCGUAUAGAGUACACCAAGAUUGGUGGCGCGCAGCAACAUAUGCGCAGGUGUCAACGAAACAUUGGAGUUUUCCUCAACGUGCGCAAGUGUUCGAUAGUGUACCUCUUCCGUCUGUCGGGGUCCUUCACACCAGCGCCAUACAUCGACAAGUAUGGAGAGACGGAUCCGCAGCUGCGUCAUGGGCGACAGCUCUUCCUCAACCAGAAGCGAUAUGACUCGAUGAUACGCAACACGGUUCUCAAUCACGGAGUACCGAGCUUGAUCAGCCGGAAAUUGGAGGCGGAGAUCAACAAUGGCGGAUGGGAUACUCUGUAGUGAAUGGAGGAAAGACCUCAAGCGUAGCGUUUAUGAACUUGCAUCGACACGGGGUUUACGGGGAUUACGAUUACUGUCUGGUCAUGGUGUAAGGUUGCGUUUUUUGUUUGUCGAAUCUUAGCUACCUACAUAGCAUGGAGAGGGCUUUCAAGUAUCUAUAGAGAUGAGGCAUUU